GAACCCCACAAGUAGUAGCAACCUUCCUGGCAUUAGGAGAAUUGAUAAACUUCCUAAGAUUUGGGUUCUUGAGGUACUGGCAGAGGCAGGGCUUUUGUUCCUUGAUCCUGCUGCAGCACAAUUUAGUUGGUGGUGCUGAUGAGGUGAUUGCAGGCAUGCAAGGGCUCAGCUGUGAUGGGGUACAUGUCACUGCCACUGAGACUUGUGAUUCAGCCAAGAGCAGCACCAGAACAGUACACACUACUAUGUGUGAUGCCUUCAUUUUCUCUCAGUUAAAUGUGGCCCCAAAAAACCUUUAUGGGAUUUAG